AUGAUACCUGACUUUGGAAUAAGAUACAUUGAUCAAAACGCUGCUCGACGGCCAGAGUAUCCUUUGGAGCCUUUGUUUCGUGCCGUUUGUGCACAAAAACCCGAGUUCGAGCUGAGUGACGUCGACAUUGUUACCGACAGGAACAAUAUGCGAAAGCUGUUGCGCUUCGUGGAGGCACCCGCGUCUGAUAGUUUCGAGAUCAAGGCUGAGAUAGCUGGCAAGAAGACACUAUUGCUUACACGCGUAGAGGAAAACCCGACAGAAAUUAUCAAAGGCUUCAGGGGCUUCGGUCACAACUUCGAAAAGACAUACACGAAAGGACUUAUAGGAAGCACUGGUCAUCACAGAAUUGUUUCUUAUCAUUUCGGCGGAAUGAUGUUUCUUUUGCGGCAUGAAACCGACGGAUAUGUUGCCAAUGGAGUCAGUUCGGAUAUUGCUGGAGCGACGUCGGACCUUGUCGAUGAGCUGUCUAAUCGUCUGGGCAUAAUGUCUGUUUUACAGGCACCCGAAUCGAUACGGGACCGAAUGGACAUUGUCAGCACGAAAACCAGGUCCGUUGAUGUAGAGUCAACUCUGGAAAUCAAGACCAGAGCUGCCAGUCGGACGCUUGCGAUGGAAGAAGUUUUUCCUCAACUCUGGCUCUCACAGACUCCGCUCCUUGUUGUUGCCUAUCAUCAACAGAACCGCUUUUCAGACGUCAAGCUUCAUAACGUGAAGCAGGAAGUGUGUGAUUGGGAAUCGGCCAACCGGGAAAAUCUACGGAAAUUGGCUUUUCUCAUCAAAAGGAUCCGGCAGGUGGUGGAAGAAAGGAACGGCCGGCGUGCUCUGGUGAAAUACACCGGGGGAUCAGCAGUGCAAAUCACCAGCGGUUUGCAGAGCCGAGCACUGGCAGAUGAUCUUUACUCAAUUUGGGAUGAGUUGAAACAGAAUGAAUGCACAGCCAUACCAAAUCGCAGCGAGCAUCCUGGCAUUGAGCCCAUGAUGCCCUACGGGUCUAUGUCAAACGCGAGACAAUGUGAGCGCGAUCCGGACAACAAGCCAGCUAUACGGCAGCCGACAGGCGCUAUCGGGACUUUUACAAAUACCGAAGGCAGCGCAUCGCACUCCGAAAUUAUUGAACGCGGCUUGCGCUAUGGAUUUCGAAGGAUCAUUCGCUCUAUGCCAACCCGUCUAUCCGACUAUCAUUCUCUUUGCGAAACUCUACGAUUUCGCCAGGUUGACGUCCUUGCAGGGCGCUCUUUGCGCGAUAUUAUGAGAGACAUGAGACAAGGAAAAGACGACUGGGAUCCAGAUGAGCGGCAUACAAUCGCAGGGUUCAAAAGUUUGGCACGCGACUCGGCGUUCAGGUUGCUUUACGCUUUCGUUCUUGACUUGCCCGGAGUAAGUGAUCAAAAUAUGGCCUUCAACGCGACUAUGUUUGUGGUUUCCCAUCGCAGGAUAUUCAAGUACAAAACACGGAGGAUGGUUCGAGAGGCAUUUGAGGAAAGGUUUCUCAUAUCUCGCAACCAACGCGAAGGCCUUGACAAAUGGCCUAUCGGUGAUUCUCCUUGUGCAGAUCUAAGAGAAGACGCGGAAGAGACGACAAGUGAGGAAGAGCUAUAUUACUUUGACUCUGACUCGUCGUAG